UUUGUUUACACAGGCUAUGUGGAUGUAAUCUCACUGCUCAGUCCUGUGAGAGUUUGUCUUCAGCUCUACAAUCCUCAAAUUCCCAUCUAAAUGUGCUGGACCUGAGUAACAAUGACCUGCAGGAUUCUGGAGUGAAGCUGCUUUCCGAAGGUCUGAAGAGUCCAAACUCUAAGCUGGAGAUACUGAGAUUUUCCAUCUGUAAUCUCACUGCUCAGUCUUGUGAGAGUUUGUCAUCAGUUUUACAAUCCUCAAACUCUGUCCUGAGAGAGCUGGACCUGAGUAACAAUGACCUGCAGGAUUCUGGAGUGAAGCUGCUUUCCGAAGGUCUGAAGAGUCCAAACUCUAAGCUGGAGAUACUGAGAUUUUCCAUCUGUAAUCUCACUGCUCAGUCUUGUGAGAGUUUGUCAUCAGUUUUACAAUCAUCAAUCUCUGUCCUGAGAGAGCUGGACCUGAGUAACAAUGACCUGCAGGAUUCUGGAGUGAAGCUUCUUUCUGAUGGACUGAAGAGUCCAAACUCUAAGCUGGAGAUAUUGAGAUUUUUCACAUGUAAUCUCACUGCUCAGUCUUGUGAGAGUUUGUCAUCAGUUUUAUCAUCAAACUCCGUCCUGAGAGAGCUGGACCUGAGUAACAAUGACCUGCAGGAUUCAGGAGUGAAGCUGCUUUCUGAUGGACUGAGGAGUCCAAAAUGUCAGCUGGAGCUACUGAGGUUGUCUGGCUGUAUGGUGACAGAGGAGGGAUGUUGUUAUGUGUCUUCAGCUCUGACUUCAAACCCCUCACACUUGAGAGAGCUGGAUCUAAGCUAUAAUCACCCGGGAGAUUCUGGAGUCAAGCUGCUCUCUGAAAAACUGGAGGAUUCAAACUGCUCACUGGACAAAUUCAAUGUGGAUCAUGGAGGAGAAUCCAGGAUUACAACAGGACUACAGAAAUAUGGCUGUUUUCUCACACUGGAUCCAAACACAGCACACACUCAACUCAGUCUGUCUGAGGAGAACAGAAAAGUGACAGGUGUGUUUGAGAAACAGCCGUAUCCUGAUCAUCCAGACAGAUUUGAUGAUGUCCCUCUGAAAGUGUUGUGUAGAGAGAGUGUGUGUGGACGCUGUUACUGGGAGGCUGAGUGGAGUGGAGAUUAUGUGUUUAUAUCAGUGUCAUAUAAGAGCAUCAGCAGGAAGAGAGCGGGUGAUGAGUGUGAGUUUGGAUCUAAUGAUCAGUCCUGGAGUUUGAUCUGCUCUCCCAUCAGAUACUCAUUCUGGCACAAUAAAAAACACAAUGAUCUCCCUGUGAAGCCCAUCAUCAUCAGGAGAAUAGGAGUGUUUGUGGAUCAGAGUGCAGGAACCCUGUCCUUCUACAGCGUCUCCAGAAACACAAUGAGCCUCAUCCACAGAGUCCAGACCACAUUCACUCAGCCGCUCUAUCCUGGUUUUAGAGUUUAUUAUGAAUCAUCAGUGAAACUGUGUUGAUGAAUCAGAGACUGACGAGAGAUUCUACCCAUAAUGCUCUGAGCAGCAUGAUAAAUCAGUAACAGUGAGAUGUUAUAGAGUCUCUUCAUGACAUUAAUACUGCAGCUGAACUUCUGU